AUGUCUCAAAGUCAUGUGUUCCUGAGUUUCAAUAGCCAUGACACUGGUAAAUCAUUUACAGAUCACCUUCAUACAGCCUUGUUAAAUGUUGGAAUCCAAACACAUGAUACCUUGGAGAAAUCCAAGAUUGCUCUUGUGGUUCUGUCCAAGAACUAUGUUCUGACCAUGUGUUGUCUAGACGAGCUUGUCAAGAUCAUCGCAUUUGGACCCGUCGUAAUUCCAAUCUUUUAUGAUGUGGAUCCUUCGGAGAUGAGGACGCAUGAAAGKUUUGAACAAGUGUUUGAUCAAGAUGGGCUGCCACGUGAUGAUGAUAAGAUGAAGCGAUGGCGGCAUGCUCUCGGUCAAGUUGUGGAUUUGGGAGGAAUGGUGUUACAAAAUCGGUAA